UUUGAUUCAAAUUUUGUUAUCUAUCUCAAUUCCUACUCAAAUAAAAAUCAAAAUCCACAAAAAUGGCAAUAGAGUCAUUCGCUUUUAAUAUUGCUGAGAAAGUGUUGGAGAAGAUAGCAUCCCAUACCUACCAAGAGAUAUGUUUUGCAUGGGGCUUGAAAGCAGAACUCAAAAAGCUUGAAGAUAUCUUGUUGACGGUGAAAGCUGUGCUAAUGGAUGCUGAGGAGAAGCAAGUGAAUGACCACCAACUGCGGUUGUGGUUGGCUAAGCUUAAGGAUGCUCUCUAUGAUGCUGAGGAUGUGCUUGAUGAAUUUGAAUGUGAAGAUCAGAGAAGACGAGUGCUUCAAUUGUAUGGAACCACCACCAAAAAGGGUUGGGGAAAACUUCACUCGCUAAAUUUGUUUAUAAUGAUGAAAGGGUAAUGAAUCAUUUUCAACUUCAGAUAUGGGUUUGUGUAUCAGAAGAAUUUGACAUAAAGAUUCUGACAGAGAAAAUUAUUAAAUCUACAGAAGACGGAAUGAGACAUGUAGAUAAGUUGAAAAAUAUGGAAAUGGAUCAACUACAAAGAAUUUUGAGAGAAAUCAUUGGUGAUAAGAAAUAUUUGCUCAUCUUAGAUGAUGUUUGGAAUGAUGACCCCAUGAAAUGGAACCAACUGAAAGAGCUUUUGUGUAUGGGUGCCAAUGGAAGCAAAAUCUUAGUAACUACACGUAGUAAUAAAGUAGCCUCCAUUAUGGGCACCAUCCCAAAAGCAUAUGAGUUAUCGGGUCUUCCUGAAGAUGAGUGUGUGGCUUUGUUUACUAAAUGUGCAUUUAAAGAAGGCCAAGUGAAGAGAUAUCCAAACUUGUUAAAAAUUGGGGUUGAAAUUGUCAAAAAAUGCAAAGGGGUUCCAUUAGCAGUGAAGACAUUAGCAUCACUUCUUCUUCUGAAUACUGAUGAAAGUUAUUGGAAGUCUAUAAGAGAUAGCGAGUUAUGGAAGAUAGAGCAGAAGGAAACUGAUAUUUUACCUGCUUUGAGAUUAAGUUACGAGCAGUUGCCUGCUCAUUUGAAAAAAUGCUUUGCUUAUUGCUCUUUUUAUCCAAAGGACUAUGAAUUCAAUAACUGGGAAUUAAUUAAAUUUUGGAUGGCACAUGGACUUCUUGAAUCAGCAAACCAAAAUGAAGAGCUGGAAGAUAUUGGGUCGCGCUAUUUUCAGGAGCUGGGGUCUAGAUCUUUUUUUCAAGAUUUUGAGGUUUAUGCUGGCAUAUGGAUUACAUGUAAAAUGCAUGAUCUAGUACAUGAUCUUGCAUUAUCAUUGACACAAAAUGAAUUUUUAGCAAUAACCUCAAGCACCACACACAUCUCACACAAUGUUCGCCAUUUGCUAUUUCCCAACUUCACUUCACUUCCCCAAGAUCUUUCCACCCUUUUACAAGGUUUAGACCGUGUGCGAACUGCCAUAAUCCAGAGUGAUGAAAAGAGUCCUAGCAGCCAAUCAAACUUGGAUUCAUAUUUAUUGAGAUUUCAAUAUUUGCGAAUGUUGGAUUUGGCUCAUUCCAAAUUAGAAAUAUCACUAGAUUGGAUUGGUGCUCUAAAGCAUUUGAGAUAUUUGCGCAUUUUUUUCUGUAAAAAGCUUCCCAAUUCCAUUUGCAAGUUAUACAAUUUACAAACUUUACUAUUAUGUGAAGGUAUUGAGGAGUUACCUAGUGAUAUAAGGUACUUGAUCAAUCUUAGAGUUCUACAGUUUUCCACAAAGCAGAAGUGUUUGCCGAUGAAUGGAAUAGGGUGCUUGACAUCUCUUAGAUUUUUGGGCAUUGCUAUAUGUGAAAACUUAGAACACUUGUUUGAAGAUAUGCAAGGCCUCAAACAUCUUCGAACCCUAGUUAUUUAUGGUUGUAAAAGCUUAAUCUCUUUGCCUCAAAGCAUGAAGUACCUCACUGCAUUAGAGAUUCUAGCUAUUGGCAAUUGUGAAAACCUCAAUUUGACAUGGGAGGAGAAAGGAAAAAGUGAUAAACACUUGGCUCAAUUCAACCUUCAAAAGCUCACACUUGCGAAGUUACCAAAAUUGAAUAUAACAUCUCUCCAACACUUGGAGAUUAAAAAUUGUGAUGAAUUGAGUGAAAGAUGUGAACGUGAAAAAGGUGAAGAUUGGUCCAAGAUUGCUCAUAUUCCUAAACUUGUUAUUAACGGUUCUGACAUUGAUUCACUAGUUGAUUAG